AUGGGAGGGUCACAGUCUCAAUCUUACAAUCUGAGCAACGAAUCUGCGAAAUCAGCUCAAGAGAAACAGGAUAUCGUUCCAAGUAAUGAUAUAAUGAACGGAACGUUGGUCCAUGUUGACUCUUCUAAUUCUCAGAAUCUUUCUUCAAUGGCACAGCAGUUAGAACGAAUACAUCCACCCGAAGAUAUCCCACUACAAAAAUUUCCUGAAGCAGUAGUGACUACAACGACAACUCUUGUGGAAUAA